UUCCAUGCGGCCGAACGGUUCAAUGACUUUGGCGACCGUUUCUAUUUUCUCUCUGGUUUUGUCGUCGGGUCGGCCCGCAAGGAAGGGGUCUUUGUUUGCGUUUCACGUUCGCGUCGCACGGUAUCAUCUGCGAACGCGGCUCUAUCGUAUCGUUUCCGAGACGGAAUGUGCCCGCAUAAGUGGAAGCGUGGGUCUCGCUCCUCCCGGUCGAUGUGAAAUGUCGUGCAGUGUGCCAGAGUGGCGCCGUCUUCGAGUGCAAGUGCAGUGAGGUGCAGUGGUGUGUGCGAGCGCGCGUGGGUCGACUCGGCCACGGCGAGCGAGGUGCGCGGAGGUGGCGGCGGCCGCGCGGCCAUGACCGGCGACAUACCUGUAGGGGCUCUGGUGGGCGCUCGAGGGUUCGGGCGCGUUUUGCUCCGGGACGGGGCGCUGCCACCGCUCGAGCCCGGCCCGCCCGCGCCGCAGCCGGCCAACAACGCGCAGCCGCCCGACAAGCGGCCGCCCGCUGCGGCCGCUAGCCCCGAGCAGGUCAUGAAGCUCUAUAUGAGCAAACUUACCCCCUACGAACACCGUGAAAUAUUCGAUUACCCCCAAGUGUACUUCAUAGGCGCGAACGCCAAGAAACGUCCCGGGCUCGUCGGGUUUCCGAACAAUUGCGACUACGACAAUGAGCAAGGCUCGUACAUACACAUACCCCACGAUCACAUAGCGUACCGGUACGAGGUGCUCAAGGUGAUCGGCAAGGGUAGUUUCGGUCAGGUCGUCAAGGCGUACGACCACAAGAAACGCGAGAACGUCGCUCUCAAGAUGGUCCGCAACGAGAAGCGGUUCCACCGCCAGGCGCAGGAGGAGAUCCGCAUACUGGAGCACCUCCGCGAGCAGGACAAAGACAAUACCAUGAACGUCAUCCACAUGUUCGACUCGUUUACGUUCAGGAACCACACAUGCAUCACAUUCGAGCUGCUCUCGAUCAAUUUAUACGAGCUGAUAAAGAAGAACAAGUUCCAAGGGUUCUCCCUGCAACUCGUUCGCAAAUUUUCCCACAGUCUGUUGCAGUGCCUGCAUGCACUGAACAAGAACAGAAUCAUACACUGUGACAUGAAGCCAGAGAACGUGCUGCUCAAGCAACAGGGACGAUCCGGCAUAAAGGUAAUUGACCUCAUUCAUUGUCCAGAUAAAUGCUUCGUGUUACCUUGACAGGUAUGAAAACGUUUAACAUCUAAUACAAGGAAAUCGAUUUGAUUUGUGACGAUAGUUUGGAACAAAAGUCGUAGUAAAUAUUCGUUACGAGGUAAAAGAGGUAUUACAAUCUGAUAUGUUAUUGUAAGGUCGUAGCCGUUUAAAUUCCUCAGGACUUUUUUACUUAGUCCUCAUGAU